AUGGUAAAGAAGUCUGAAUUUCCCAUUUUUUAUGCUAGGACACAGAAAGAAAAGCACUUACCCGGUAGUUUAGUUCUAUCAAAUGAAUCAGUGGAUAUUUUAACUGCGGAAAGAAAUUUUGAUAUCAGUUUUACUCUGACGGAAAUCACUGAAAUCAGUGUUCACACACCAUGGGAGAUGACCAUAUUGCAGCUUAGGAUUGGUCAGACUGGACAUUCUGUGCAUCUCAUAGCAGCAUGGUUAGUGCACAUUCUUCAAACACUUGAGGUUAUGUUGCCUGGGAAGGUAAACUAUGAGGAUCCACCAGGUGAAUUUGAAGAAGAUGCUGAGGAGAAGUUAGAUGGACUUGAUUUGCACGGUGGGUGGAAUUCCUGGAAGGGUACACCUAGAAUGGCCGAUAUGGGGAAGCUCCACCCAAAAGGAGUACCUUUUUCAAACUUCAGGAGUAUAAAAGGGUAGAGAUCUCGCUAGCUGAAGUAUUUCAAUGGGUAGAGACAUCUGUCAUUUUGGUCUGUAAAAAAAGGCCCAAAAGGGCUAAAAGAUGCAUUUUAUUGGUUAGAAAAGUCGAGGAAAAUGCUUUGGUUUUGAUUUUUAUUCAUAUUUUAAAGAUAAUGCAACUAUAGCAAUUAAAAAGGAUAAAUAAUAAUAAUAAAUUGCUCAUUAGAUAAAAAUACAAUGUUACAGGAUAAAAAGAUUACAAGUUCAGCUAAAUUACAAUAGAAUAAAAAGAUUAAAAAAUGCGAAAAAGUAGUUACACAUGUCUGACGCAAAAUAUCAUAAAAGAUUGUAUUUAAAAAUUAAUCUAUUUACAAAUGUGUUCUUAUAACGUUCGGUGUUUAUCUUGGGCCUUUGGAAGCUUUUACGUCUAAGAUUGUAGUUAGAUUCUUCUUUUCUUGCGGUAAGCACCCCUUCAGAGGGUGGUUAUCAUGCUGUUUAGCUUUUUGAAAAAUCGCUUUAUCUUGUUUUUGUAAUAAUGAUCUAAUAUUCAACUGUGUAGAUAUAAAGCGUAACUUAUAGCAUCUGUCUAAAAGUUGCUGAAGGAAAUUAAUUUCCGCAACAGAGGCACCAUAAACAGAUAGUCCAUAGGUUAUGUUAGGGAAAACAAUACUAUAGAAGAGAUAAUCAAUUUCUGUCUGGCUAUAGCGCUCUUUUCUACAUACUCUCAGCACGUGUAGACAUUUUUGUUGGCCUUGCACAGUUUAGCUUUUAUGUGUGCAAGACAACGAAUUCAGCAAAUGCAAAGUUCUAAACUAGAUUUUUAAAGGGCUACCAUUGGUCAGUAGAAGGUAUUUGAAAGGAGUACCUUUUUUGCCAAAGUUGUAUGUAAAAGGUUAAGGGGUUGCACCUCAGGGCAGAGCGUCCCAGUAUAAAACUUUGUAAAAUACCCCCCUCUCCCCUCCUCCCCCCUCAAGGGGGUAGAACCACAGUUUUAGUGUUUCACUCAUUAGCAAAUUAAGUAAUGAAACAUUUCUUUUUUCCAAUAACCUGAUUAUCUGUUUUUUUGGGGGGGAAAGGAGACUGGUGGGAAGCAAAAGGUGAGACAGGCUUGAUUUCUGCUGCUUUCUGGAGUCCAGGUUCGCUCCUCCGUGAGAAGAAAGGAAGUAGCUCAGACAACUCAGGUUCAUUUCCCAAACCAGUUGCUGGUAAUCAAGUCUAUUUUGUGUCAGGCCUUCCUUUAUCUCUUCUCCUCCCCCCUUUUCACCAAAAUCUCCUCUAGGCUAUUUUGGCAAAAACUGCCCAACAAAGUAAAGCCUUUCAAAUGCCCAGGGGAGGAAGGGAAGAAGUGAAACUGUUUUGUCUUUUUUGCAUGCCAGAGCUUUGAAAUCUUCCCAGCAUUGUGCUGGUAAUCAACAUCUUGGGUAGUGGAAAACAAUACGGUUCAACUAACUUUUACUAGAACUUUGCUUCAUGUUAAGGCUUUCCUCACCGAUAUGUUCAGGUAGCUGAGAAAGGAGGCUUGGACAUUCCUAGCCCCCCCUCCCCUAACCAGGUGACCUUGUAACAAACUAAUAUCUAGUCUAGAAGGAAAGGGAAUAGCAAUAAUAAUUAUUAUACUUUUAUUCUCACAGCACAAACAAUGUCCAGCUCUUUUGGCUUGAAUAGCACUACUAUAACGAAAAAUAAUUAUGUCGUUCCUUACAGAUAACAACGAUGAUGCAAGCGCUGCUAGAGGAGACUUUCAAUUUAGCACCAGUCAGGGACCGCGCAGCAAGUUUUCGAGUUGGGGGGGCUAAAGAAGAAUGCGUGAAGGAAAAUUUUUUUGGGGGGGGGGGCGGCAUGCUUGUGGAUUCCUAUUCAAUUUCUCUAAAGUGACGGAGAAUGCGAAUAACGAUAAAAUUAUUGAUUUUUUUCCACAUCUUCAGUGAUGUUGCUAUUGGGUCUGAAAAUUCACCAUCACUAAAUUGAAAUAUCAUAGAUUGUUAUGUUAUACUACUGAUAUCAACCUUUAAUUACUAUAAAUAAGCCAAAAAUCCAACGAUUUUACUUGAGCUGCCUUGAACUCAAGGCUGUAUAAUUACUGAGCAAUUAUUGCACGAGGCUGAGUAUGAUAUGAAGAGUUAUGCAGAUCGAGGGGGUCAUCCGCCAAAGCCGAAGGCUUGAGCCCGGUGGAUAACACCCUCCGAGAUCUGUAUAUCUUCAUAUCAUACGAAAGACGAGUUCAAUCAUUGUUUAAUUAUUCAUUCAAAAUAUUUACACGGCAAAACAAAACGGUAACUGAAAAUAAUUUAGUGAAUGAUAUUAAAGUUACUGUACAUCAUUUACUCGAAAAGUGCCAAAAUUACGCUUUCUGUUCGUGUUGCGGUCGGUAAAUUCGUUUGCUAUGUCAAUGGUGGAAAGCCUGUCCGUUCUUUCUUUGUGUAUGUUUAAAACUGUCAGGUUACUAAAUCGUUCCUGGUUCAUUCUUGAACGGAGCCACGUUUUUAGCCUCCGGGCAGUCGAAAAAAAUCUUUCACCGGCUGCACUUGUUGCUGGAUUUACGAGAAUCAGCUUACAUAACGUGAUAACUUCUUUUAUCAUUUCCCGUUCUGGGUUGGAUAGCUCUUUAAUUUUUACUAUGAUGUCGUCAAAACAAAAAUAAUCACCAUCCUUCAGCAGCACUUGUAAAAUUUUCAUCUGGGCGGUUAACACUGAAAUAUUAACAUCAUCGUUGUACACGUUUUCCAUAAACUUUAGUUCGUCGGAUUUGUCCUGUGAAUUGAGGGUCUUAAUUAAGAGAAACUCCAUCUUUGCAUACGUAUCAAAGCUUGGCUGGUCAAACCGCUGGUCAAUAGCGUUCAUCAUCAAGUUAAUAGCUUCAAAGUAUAUUCGCCUGUAAUAGUCUUGUGCGGUCACAGGAUAUGUUGGCUCUCCAGUGCCAAUUUCAAUUCUUCUUGGCGCGCGAGUUCUCCUUGGUAAAAUCGGUCCACUCAUGGAGGGAUAGCUUUUACUUUUCAGUAAAACUACAUCAUAAAAUGAUCUGAAGCUCGUAUCGUUUCGCAUCUUCUGCAGAACGUCUUUUGUAAGACAAGCUACUCGUUUGCCACUUAGAGCUGACAUCUUUGUUUCCUGUAAGGUUCUUGAUGAGUUAAGGUUAAUGAUAAGCCAUUUAAAAGACGUUUACCUCUGUUAGGUUAGAAGCGAAAAAAUCUUUUACAAUUGUAACGACCAAUGCUUCAUUCUGUCUAUUUCUCUGUGCGUUUGUCUUUGCCAGUAACUCUGGUCACUUUCGAAUUAACGAUUUUUUGCUAUUUUUCACUCCGUUACUUUUGUUAAAUUAUUUUUUGUUUAAUUUAUUUUUAUUCUUGCAAAAAAGUGGGGGGGGGGGGAGGGGGGGGCUAAAGCCGCCCCUCCCUCUGCGCGGUCCCUGCCAGUACAGCAAAGAAUUCCAAGUCAGUAACAGAUGCUGAAGCAGCUGAGAUGGGGAAGGUUCUGCAGCAUAUGAGAAGUCUCGCACUGGGAAUACAGGAUGAGCAGAACAGGCAGCUUCGACAAUUGGAUCUGCUAUCAGAUUCUAUUGAUAAAGCCAACGAGAGAGUACGAACUGAUUCUCGCAAGAUUUCAAAACUCACGUGA